AUGAAGUCAUAUUAUAACAUUUUUGUAUUUUGUAUUUUUAUAUCCUUAUGGAUUCCUUCUAUGCGGGCCAUAGAUAACCCACAAGAAGAUUUUAUGGACAGGUUUAAUAUCCUAAAUAACCAUGUAAACAUAAAAUGGACGAACUCUGGAUCACUAGGAAAAGGAAAUUUUAAAUUUGAAAUUUAUGAUGAAGACAAUAUAAAUUCUAAAUUAAAUACUUUAGAAAACGCACAGAUGUGUCCAAAUAAUGAAAAAGGAACCAUAUAUAGAGGAAGUUGCCCAAAUUACGGAAAAACGUUUUCGAUGAAUUUGGAUCAAAAUGAAUAUAAUGAAGAUUUCUUAAAUGAAAUUCAUUUGGGUUUAUUAAAUAAGAAAUUGUCGGUUGAUUUGGAAAUCCCAAUUAAUAUGAGUGGGCUAGCUAUGUACCAAGGUUUGUUUGCAAGUUGCCCUUAUGAUAAAAAUCAUGCUGAUGAUAUAAAAAAUGAAAAAGAGUAUGAUAUGUGUUUUAAUAAAUUUUAUAACAAACAACAGAAUAUAUCUACAAGAAUUAAAAAAUACCCGUUAAUAAGUAGCUAUACAUAUUUUGGAUCACAUGGAUUAGGGGGUCGAUUAGGUUCUAAUACUGAAUAUCCUUUACAUAUUUAUAAUCCAAUUGAGAAUUAUAGAACAAAAAAAAUGAGGUAUCCUAAAUUAGUCGAAACUUUGGACGAUUGCUCGAUAUAUUCUCACUGUAUCGGGCCAUGUUUUAAUAAAGACUUUGAUAACAAAUGCUUUCGUGAUUUACCUGUGGUUUUUAAUCACAAAACAAAGGAGUGUAUAAUAAUGGGAACUCAUGAAGAAAAAAAAACAAAAAAUUGCAACUCGGACAAUUCUAGAAAUAACAAUAGAUGUUUUUCAUCUAUAAAAAAAGAAAAGGGAAAGGAUUGGACAUAUGCAUCUUCUUUUUUGCGUCCAGAUUAUGAAGCAAAAUGCCCACCAAGAUACCCACUAAAUAAUAGUGAAUUUGGUUACUUUAAUUAUAAUACCGGAGAAUGUGUGUCACCUACAAAAUCACACAAUAAUAGUUUGGUUAGAUUUAAUGAAUGUAUUGAGAAAUUGUUUAAUUUUAAUUAUGCGAAUGAGGACCCAGACCAAAAAGUGAGCAAUUAUUUAUGGGGAGUUUGGACAUUAGAAAAUAAACAAAAUAAACUAAAUUCAAUGAAUGAUUUGGGAGUUUGCACGUUAUUAAAAGAAAGACCAACAUGUGUUUCAAAAAAACAAAAUCAUUACUCCUUUACUAAUUUAACAGCAAAUUAUUUUGAUAGGAAUCAAAAUAUUGAAUAUCCAAAUAUCGAAAAUGCCAAAAUAGGGAAAAAUCAAAAUUAUGAAUUGAGUGGGAAUAUAAAAUAUAAUGAUAAAGAGCUUAAAAUUUUCGAUAUAAGCAAGGGAAAGGAAAUAAAUGGGAAUGAUAUUAGUGAAAUAAAAGAAAAUAGUAAACUCCAAACUAAUAAACGCAACGAAGCGAAAAAGACAAAAUAUGGAUUAUAUAAUUAUCCGAUUACCCCAAUAUCAUAUCUUCAAAUACAUCAUAAAAGCGAAUUAAAAAAAAAUUAUAAUAUGCAUUUUGAAAAAGCGUUCACGCCUUUUCAUAAUACGAAUGGUUCAAUCCGUUAUGAAGGGAAUAAUAGAUUUAGCACUGACACAAAUAACAAAAGAGGAGAUGCAUAUAGAACUCAGUAUAUAGAUUUAAAUAGUAAUAAUAAUUACAAAAAACCAGAAAAUAAACCUAACCCUCAAGCUGAAUAUAUGCAAAGGUUUGAUAUUGAAAAAAAUCAUAUAUAUAUUGAUUGGAAGGAAGAUGGUAAAUAUGGAAACGAUAAAUUAAAAUAUGAUAUAAUAUCACAUAAAACUGCGGAUACUAUUCAAUCAUUAUUAAUUACCGACAAAGAUGAUAUAUGUCCUAAUCAUUAUUCUCCUGGAAGGGCACAAGGAAGUUGUCCUAAUUAUGGUAAAUCUCUUAUUGUUAAAUCGCAUGAAAUUAGUGAUGAAGAGGCAUAUUUGAAUUUAAAUUUUUUAAAUGAAAUACAUACUGGAUACCUUAACAAAUAUAUGAAAUGUAAUGUUGAACUUCCAUAUAAUAAAAGUGGAUUAGCUAUGCAUAAUGGUGAUUUAACUAUGUGCCCCAGCUCUAUGAAUGAAGAAAAUUUGUAUAAAACAAAGAGUGAUUAUAAUUAUGGUAUGUGCAAAAGUACUGUACUUAAAGAAAGGGUAUAUAUGAAAAGGUUUGAUCGUAGAACUAAAAAAUGGUUAUAUUUUGGUCUUUCUGGUUUAGGAGGGCGAUUGGGAUCUAAUCUUUCAAAAAAAAAUUCGUUUAAAUCAUAUCAAAAUAACAUAACAUUGCCAAUGUAUAAUCCGUCAUUAAUAAAUAAUUUACUUGAUUGCUCAUUAUAUAGUUAUUGUUUAGGCCCAUGCCUGGAAAAUGCAUAUAAUAAUAAAUGUUUCCGUAAUUUGCCAGCAUAUUUUAAUCAUGAAACAAAUGAAUGUAUAAUAUUAGGAACCCAUGAGCAAGAAAGAGUUGAUGAUUGUAGAAUGAAUAAAAAUGAUACAAAUAAGCCUAAUUGCCAGGAAGUUAGAAAAACUCCAUUAUUAAAAGAUUGGACAUAUGUCACAUCAUUUAUUAGGCCAGACUAUGAAGAGAAAUGCCCACCAAGAUAUCCUCUCAAAUUUAAAAGUUUUGGGAAAUAUGAUGAAGCAACAGGAAAGUGCAAAAGUCUUAUAAAUAAAGAUUAUAUCAUUAAUAUCCAAUGGUUUGCUCCUUGUUUAGAAUAUAUGUUCAUAAUUUCUCCUAAUAUUUCACCUGAAAGCGAAAAAAGAAGGCAUUGGGGUGUUUGGGUUGCAGACGAACCUGUUAAUUCGAAUAAUUUGCAUAAUGCUAAAGGAAAAUGUUAUUAUAUAACUGAAAAACCUGAUUGUGUUAUUGAUAAAGUAAAUCAUUUCUCAUUUACUUCCCUCACAACAAAUGGUAUUGAUUUUAAUCAAAAUAUUAAUCUCGAAAAACUUGAUGAAUUAGUGAUAAAUAAUGACCAAGUAUCUUCACAUAAUAGAUCAAAAUAUAAUAAGCCUAUUGAAAAUUCUGAAUCUACUAUUGUAAGAAGUCAUAAGAAUUUUCCUGAGAAUGCUAGUAACUUAAAAACUAACGGUCAUACCCAAAAUAGAAUGAGGGGAGAAUUUGCAAAGGAAAGUGAUUCUACAAGAAGUACCGAUGAAUCAAGAAUGUCUGAACUGAUAAAGAAACGUGAAGAAGAUGCAAAGAAUGAUGAAAUAAUAAGGAAAUUUGAAGAAGCACGAAUAGCUGCGAUGAUAAAGAAGCGUGAAAGGGCUCCAAAGAAUGAUCAGAUAAUAAAGAAAAUUGAAGAAGCUAGAAAGAAUUCUGAGGCUAGUAAAGCUGAAGAAGAACGAAAAAGAGUUGAGGAAGCUAAGAAAGCAGAAGAGGAAAGAAAAAGAGUUGAGGAAGCUAAGAAAGCAGAAGAGGAAAGAAAAAGGGUUGAAGCUACAAAGAAAGCAGAAGAGAAAAAAAAAAAAGCAGAAGAGAGGAAAAAAAAAAUAGAAGAGAGAAAAAAAAAAGCUGAAGAGAGGAAAAAAAAAGCUGAAGCUGCAAAGAACGAUGAGAUAAUAAAGAAAAUUGAAGAAGCUAGAAAGAAGGCAGAAGAGGAAAGAAAAAGAGAUGAAGAAGCUAAGAAAGCAGAAGAGGAAAAGAAAAGAGUGGAAGCUGAAAAGAAAGCAGAAGAGGAAAGGAAAAGAGUGGAAGCUGAAAAGAAAGCAGAAGAAGAAAGGAAAAGAGUUGAAGCUGCAAAGAAGGCAGAGGAAGAACGAAAAAGAGUGGAAGCUGAAAAGAAAGCAGAAGAAGAAAGGAAAAGAGUUGAGGAAGCUAAGAAGGUAGAAGAGGAAAGAAAAAGGGUUGAAGCUGAAAAGAAGGUAGAAGAAGAACGAAAAAGAGUUGAAGCUGAAAAGAAAAUAGAAGAAGAACGGAAAAGACGUGAAGAAGCUAAAAAAGUAGAAGAGGAAAGGAAAAGAGUUGAAGCGGAAAAGAAGGCAGAAGAAGAACGAAAAAGAGUUGAAGUUGCAAAGAAAAUAGAAGAAGAAAGAAAAAGGAUUGAAGCUGAAAAGAAGGUAGAAGAAGAACGGAAAAGAGUUGAAGCUGCAAAGAAGGCAGAGGAAGAACGAAAAAGAGUUGAGGAAGCUAAGAAGGCAGAAGAAGAAAGGAAAAGAGUUGAAGCUGCAAAGAAGGCAGAAGAAGAACGAAAAAGAGUUGAAGAAGCUAAGAAAGCAGAAGAAGAAAGGAAAAGAGUUGAGGAAGCUAAGAAGGUAGAAGAGGAAAGAAAAAGGGUUGAAGCUGAAAAGAAGGUAGAAGAAGAACGAAAAAGAGUGGAAGCUGAAAAGAAAGCAGAAGAAGAAAGGAAAAGAGUUGAGGAAGCUAAGAAGGUAGAAGAGGAAAGAAAAAGGGUUGAAGCUGAAAAGAAGGUAGAAGAAGAACGAAAAAGAGUUGAAGCUGAAAAGAAAGCAGAAGAGGAAAGAAAAAGAGUUGAAGAAGCUAAGAAAGCAGAAGAAGAAAGGAAAAGAGUUGAAGAAGCUAAGAAAGCAGAAGAAGAACGAAAAAGAGUUGAAGCUGAAAAGAAAGCAGAAGAGGAAAGAAAAAGAGUUGAAGAAGCUAAGAAAGCAGAAGAAGAAAGGAAAAGAGUUGAAGAAGCUAAGAAAGCAGAAGAAGAACGAAAAAGAGUUGAAGCUGAAAAGAAGGCAGAAGAGGAAAGAAAAAGAGUUGAAGCUGAAAAGAAAGCAGAAGAAGAAAGGAAAAGAGUUGAAGCUGCAAAGAAGGCAGAAGAAGAACGAAAAAGAGUGGAAGCUGCAAAGAAAACAGAGGACGAGCGAAAAAAAGACAGCAAUCUUGCUGAAAUAAAAAUUUCGAAUAACAAUCAUGAAACGCGCCAUAUUGAUGAUAAUAGUUUUAAAAAAUUAGAUGAAUCAGAAUAUAAAUCAAGAAAUGUUAAUAACACACGGAAUAAAAUCAUAAACCUGGCAAAGGAAAAUAUGUGUAUUAACGAUAUUUCAUCAAAAUAUUGUGACUAUAUGAAAGACAAAAUAUCAUCUGGAAGUUGCUCGAAUAAUGAAAGGAAACAAUUAUGCUGUUCAAUAUCAGAUUAUUGCUUAAACUAUUUUGAUUAUAAUUCAAAUAAAUAUUAUGAUUGCACAAAGAAUGAAUUUUCAGAUCCUUCAUAUAAAUGCUUUAAUAACGAGGAAUAUUCAAAAACGGUUUAUUUUGCUGGGGCGGGAAUAAUAAUGUCGAUCCUGUUUGCCAUAUGUUUCAAAAUUAUAGGAAAAAAUUGGUUUAAGGAAGUUGCUUUUGAUGAAAUUGUUGAAGAUUAUGAUAAAGUCUAUACGUUAGCUAUGAUAUGUAAUAAUAUUUCAAAAAAUGAUUUAAUAACUUCUAACGAACAAAUAUAA